AAAAGUUUCACCUAGGGUUUUACAAGGAGAUCGGAGAUGGAAGUGGAGGUAUGUUGAUGGCGGCAAAGAGCAAGCAGGAGUUGGGGUUGGAGGGGCAGAGGCACCUCGAAGAGACUAUCAAUGCUGCGUUUCAAAUCCUUUCCUCCAUGAACGAUGAGCUCUGCAACCCCGCUCUCUGGUCUGCGAACUCUAACGGCCACUCUACCGCCGCAUUGGAUGGUACUGGAGACGCAUCGGUAGAUUCCUCAUCGCAUUCGUCAGAAGGAGCUGGAGGCGGAAGCGGCGGCGGUGCCCUUGACGAGGCACGGCUGCGUUACAGGUCUGCUGUCGCUUCCCUUCGUGCUUGUAUCGCUGCUAUUCCCAGCUCCACCCAGGAGGCAAGUGUGUUAGAUGUGAAAACGGAUGAAGAUGAAAUUGAGAGAUUGGAAGAGCAGGCCUCUUCUUUGAGAAAGGAGCUAGAAAGCAAGAACAAGCAUCUCAAGUUACUUAUCGAUCAGCUCAGAUAUCUGAUCACUGAUAUAGCAAUGUGGCAGAGUCCUUGUUCUGCCUAAUAUCCGUUCUCUGCAUUCCAUGAGUUCAACCUUGGAAGGUGAUGGAGGGUUUUGUACACCCCCUCAGGUUUACUGGCGAUUGGAGUAAAGAUUGAGUGGUGGUGAGGAGUUCACACAAGCUCUGCUCUUGUACUAGGAUUGAUGUGAUGUGCCUCGAUAAGGAGGGGUAAAGUCUUGACUGUUGUGGGUGAUAAAGGAGUUGUAUUAAUGUUAUGCCCUUUUAUUCUCGUGCCUCCGCUUCGUUUCUUGUCUUCUACUGUUUUUUUCGGAGGCAAAUUUUCUCUCUUUCUACAAUAUUUUAUUGAACCGUGUAUAUAGAUUUUUUGUAUUAUCCAUGUUCCGUACCUAAGUUUCAUAAUUUCAAAAACACGUAGCACAUUCUCAGUA